UAGAGGGGAUAGAAUGAGAAACAAAGCAGCGGAACUGGCUUCAGGUCCAGGUUUUAAUUUGAAGGGCCUUUAGUCUAUGGAUACCCAUGUUUCUCUUCAGCCCCCAGACAGGUUUACAGGCGUGUUUUUCAAGUUCUACCAAAAGUCUAUUCUGCUUUCCAGAUAAACUAGCUGCGUUGGUAGGAAAACCACUGGCACCCGGAAAUGCGCCACUUUCUUCGGGUUCCCAUAACAAGUCAAAGCCACCGGCAAGGUGGAAUGUGAUUUAUCUGAGUUCAGAGGCAGGUCUAAGAGUAGCUCGACAGGGCAACAUACGACCAUUUUGUCUACAUUUGGGCAGAAUCAGAGAUGGCCAGCCAGAGCGAGGUGAUUGACAGGUUGAGGGCUACAUUCCGGUCAGGCGUGACCUUUCCAGAGCAGUUCCGUAUGACCCAGCUCCAGAACCUUCUCUCCCUGGUAGAAGAAAACGAGCAGCUGAUACAAGAUGCUCUCCACAAGGACCUCCAUAAGCCCAAGUUUGAGUCGGUCCUGUCAGAGAUUCAGAUAACCCUGAAUGACCUGUACUUCGCCAUGGAAAACCUCAGGACCUGGAUGCAGCCGGAAUACAACAUUGGCAAGAAUCUGGCCACUAGGAUGGAUGACUGUUUCAUACGCAGGGAACCCUUGGGGGUAGUUUUAAUCAUCGGGGCGUGGAACUACCCUCUCCAUCUUAUUCUCUUACCUUUGGUUGCUGCAAUUGCUGCAGGAAACUGUGCCAUUCUGAAGCCGUCAGAGAUCUGUCAGGCCACCGAGCAACUCCUGGCAGAACUCAUCCCCAAAUACCUGUCUCAGGACUGCUAUGCAGUAUUAUGUGGUGGAGCAGAGGACACCAAGUCAUUGCUGAAGAAUAAAUUUGACCACAUCUUCUACACAGGUUCCCAGGUGGUGGCCCGCUCCAUCCUGCUAGCGGCGGCGCCUCACCUGACUCCCGUCACCCUGGAGCUGGGUGGCAAGAGCCCCUGUUUCAUCUACGGCCAUAUCGACAUCCAGAAGGCCGCCAAGCGCCUGUGCUGGUCCAAGUUCUUCAACACUGGCCAGAGCUGUGUGGCACCCGACUACGUCCUCUGCACAGCCCAGACCCGGGACGCCCUGCUGCCCGCUCUCCAGGAGACCUUGCGGACCUUCUAUGGGCCGGACCCCGGAGCGAGCCUGGACAUGGGGCGUAUAGUCACCCCACGCCACUGGAGACGCCUGAUGGACAUGCUGGAGAAGUCCAAGGGGAAGGUGGUGAUCGGAGGGGAGAGCCGCGAGGAGGACAGGUAUAUUGCUCCCACAGUGUUGGUGGACGUGCAGGAGUCUGAUGCUCUAAUGCAGGAGGAGAUCUUUGGCCCCAUCCUGCCCAUCCUAACCAUAGAGUCUCUGGAGGAGGGCAUAGACUACAUCAACCGCCAAGAGAAACCCCUGGCCCUCUACGUCUUCUCUGACGAGACCUCGGUGGUGACCACAGUGUUGAACAACACCAGUAGUGGUGGUUUCUGCGGCAAUGAUGGUAUAGUACACAUGGCCUUGCCAGGCCUGCCCUUUGGAGGAGUAGGUGCCAGUGGGAUGGGUAGCUACCACGGCCGCUGGGGCUUUGAGACAUUCAGCCACAGACGGGGCUGUAUGAACCGGAGCUGGUUGCUGGAGAGGGUCAACAUCCUGCGCUACCCGCCCUACAGCGACUACAACCUGGGCUGGUUGCGCUGGGCCACCACCUUCAAGAAGAACAGCUGGGGAGGCUGCUCAGUCAUGUGAGAGUGGCACCCGGUGCGUGCCUGACUGUACUUCCAAAGCUGAUGGGCUUUUCUUAAAGGUCCAAUGCAGACGUUUUUAUCUCAAUGUCAAAUCCUUUUUGGGUAACAAUUAAGUACCUUACUGUGAUUGUUUUCAAUUAAAAUGGCCAACAAGUAAUAUCUUCUUAGCAAAGAGCAAUUUCUCAAGCAAGAAUUUUGCUAGGACUGCCUGGGAGUGGUCUGGGUGGGGAGAGGAAAACUAGCUGUUGUUGGCAGAAAGGUUUGGAUCUCUUAUUGGUCUAUUAACUAAUUUACCACCUGGAGUUGUCACCAGGCAUUCCAAGAGUCCCUUCCCACCUAAACGGGCUGAAAUUUCAGGCAGUCUUUUUAAACUGCUCUUACACUAAAAGGGUAUUAUCAUUUUUCACAGUAUUAUUCCAACAUCAUAUUGUGGGAAUGUAUAAAACACAGAAAUCUAUUUUUUUGACUGCACUGGGCCUUUAAAGUAUCUGUCCAGUGUUCCAGAUUUUUAUUAAAUAAUUUACCUAAAAUUCUAAAAAUAUGUAAUUAAGGAUGUUAAAAACCAACUUUUCUCUGUGCCCUGCUUGGCCUGAUUGGAAACAGUGGUUGGGUGUAUACUGGUAAUAAAAAAAUUAUAAAAAAACUGACAUGCCAGCUCAGCCAAUGAGAUGCACAAACACUUGGAUAUUCAAAUUAGCUACCAACUCCAUGUGGGGCAGUGCUGUACGCACUGCCUAGCACGCUUGCCUUCUUUUUUUGGGGGGCCUUGGCUGUGUAUACGUUGCCUGCCCUGUCUGCUAAGAAUCCGGAUCACGUUUUGCACGUUAUUUUACGCACAAUACGUAACUGCUGCUCACACUCCCCUUCCUUUACGUUUCUCUCUUUACUCACCCUCUUCUGAACUAUGAUGGUGCCUAUCUCGGCCUUAUGUUUCUGAACAGCUGAAAUAAAAUAAAAACUGCUGCAAUUUAAUCGAACAUUCCCCAAAAUAUUUAUUCAAGGCUAUACAACCUUCUCGGUUGUAACAGAUAUUUUAGUUGCACAAGCAGGACUCAUUAAACAACCAGUGUUUUUUGUGAUGUAGGCCCACCCAUACUCAACUAGUGGACCGGAUUGGUCGGGCUUCGAUCCCUGGUAUCAUAUAAACACACACGACAUGAAAGAAUGCAUAGAAUUGCAGAACAUUUGCUUUAAAACAGGAAAAAUAAUCUGUGCCCCAUGCAAAAUGUGUAGAAUUGCAGGAAAUUAGCUAUAAACCUGCAACAUUUUCAAGAUGGGUGUGAACAGAUUGGGGUCGCAUGGGUUGUGAGGUGGGGGUUAGUUAACCACAUCUAUAAAUUAACAUUAUCCAUCCGGACCACCUCGGAAAUGUGUGACUGGACCCCCAUGAAAUAGUACUUGAGUACCCCUGAUUAGGCUAAUCUUUAUAGUUACUGCCAUAUUGUAGUAGUAUUGUGGGAGAAUACAGGAUAAGUACAGUAGUAAAGUUCCUGAAAAAAUAAUGCACCUCCCCACCUUUGUUUUGCAUUGGAACUCUGUGUUUUCCACACACAUGCCCUACUAACUGCUAUUUCGCUUUUCAAUUAUCAUGCAAUUACAGCAUGAGUAGGCUGUAAGUCGCUCUGGAUAAGAGCGUCUGCUAAAUGACGUAAAUGUAAAAAUACCUAGUGGUUCCACCUCUAGGCAGCCCAAGCAUGUGAAUCCGGACCGGUAACCUGAGUCUGACAAUGGGCGAGUUCGUUCUGUGGCGCCCGUGCGCGAUUAUCUCUUAUAUCGUUUGUCAACUACUGCCUACUAUACUGAACAAAAAUAUAAACGCAACAAUUUAAACGAUUUUACUGAUUUACAGUUCAUAUAAAGAAAUCCCACCCACUUGGGAGCCAGGCCCAGCCCAUCAGAAUGAGUUUUUCCACACAAAAGGGCUUUAUUAUUGACAAAUACUCUGCAGUUUAUCGGCUGUCCGGUCCUGGGCUGGUUACACGUGCGGUUGUGAGGCCGGUUGGAUGUAUUGCCAAAUUCUCUAAAAUGAUGUUGGAGGCGGCUUAUGGUAAAGAAAUUAACAUUACAUUUCCUGGCAACAGCUCUGGUGGACGUUCCUGCAGUCAGCAUGUCAAUUGCACGUUCCCUCAACUUGAGACAUCUGUGGCAAUGUGUUGUGAUUACAACUGCACAUUUAGAGUGACCUUUUAUUGUCCCCAGCACAAGGUACACCUGUGUAAUGAUCAUGCUGUUUAAUCAGCUUCUUGAUAUGCCACACCUGUCAGAUGGAUUAUCUUGGCAAAGGAUAAAUGUUCACUAACAGGGAUGUAAACAAAUUUUUGCACAAUUUGAGAGCAAUAAGCUUUUUGUGCGAAUGGAAAUAUUUGGGGAUCAUACAUUUCAUCUCAUGAAACAUGGGACCAACACUAUACAUGUUGCGUUUUAUAUUUUUGUUAAUUAUAUUGGAUUAUAAUUUUCAUAGUUAUGCUGCCAUAUUUUAGCAAGAGUUGCUGAAAAAAGAACUAGCCAAUGUUUGCAAUGAUGAGAAAAUAAUUGCCAUUUUGACUGCCUGUAUAUCUUACGUGAUGUACUGUUACAACAUACCACAAAGUUUGUACGAACAUGUCGAUCAUGUUUUCUGUGUACAACAUGAUAGCUGCAUGUUAGCCUAACACCCCUCCUGAAAAAAGAACAUGAAAUUGCACUUGCGGCAAUGGAAUGCAUAGUUUGAACAUGCCCACCAUAUCUUUAGUGUACAACACAACGUUUCCCCCUCCAUGUCAAGGAGGAAGUAGGGGCAGCAGAGCAUGUUAGCUUACUGCUUCUAAACAGCCAGCAGGCCAACUUACAAACCCCAGAUUUUGAAAUGGAAGUGACUGAGAUAGUUGUUGUUGUAUAGGCUUACUCCUUUUUGCUAACACAACCUGUGGAUUGCUUGGCUUGUGCGCUGCAUUAACUGUUUGUCACAAGUCAGUUUCAGUGAGCCUGUUUGGUUUGGCUGUACUUGGAUAGGGCCAUUGAGUCAGCAGAAAAGAGGUCCUACCUGUGGUUCUGGUUUAACCAGGUUAUUCAAGGGAGGGACACAGGCUGCAUCUCAAUGGUCUUGAUUGGCUUCCUUCCCUUAUCUCCUCUCCUUUACCAUGAACUGGAAAACUGAAGAAAGGUGAAAGUAAUGUGGUAGAUACCAAUGGCUUUCACCUGUCCUGUUCUUUCAAAUAUUUGCAGCUGAAGGGAAGGAGAGCCACUAUUGCAAUCCACCCAGGGUGUGGUUUCAGUUCUGUAUGUUCACUGCUGCAUCACAAUGGUCUAAACCUGCUUCUUCCAGGAUCUGGAGAGCUUAAAGGGUUUUUAGCAUUGUUGCACAAGACCCCCAUUGUUUACCAUGGGGUUAGUAUAGUUCUUCACAGAACGGUCUUAUGUAACAAUUUUACUGGGUUUUGUUAGAUGCUAUGUGACAUGUUAGGUGGUGGAUGGAUGUUUUUUGAUUUUAUAAGUUUUGUUAAGAACAUUAACUAAUAAAACCUUCCUUUACAUUAA